CGUGACACGUCACCACAUAUCUGACCGGACGGCAUUAAAAAAUUGACAUGAAAUGCCCUUUUACACCCGCUUGAAGCUUCUUCUUCUUCUUCCUUCCUUCUGAAACUGCAAUCCGAAAAAAGGAUCUCGCAAAAAUGGCAGCAGUUGCUUCCGCCGCCAUGGCCGGCAACCUCAAGAGCACCCGGCCUUCUUCUUCUUCUUCUUCAUUGACCAGUUCUUUUGUCAACCCCAAGGGCAUUUAUGGAAUCCCCUUCAAUCUUUUGCCUGCAAGAAGCAGAAAUCCUCGCUUCACUGUCAAGGCUGUCCAAACUGGAAAGCCUACUUUUCAAGUGAUUCAGCCGCUGAACGGAGACCCAUUCAUCGGGAGUUUGGAAACGCCCAUAACCUCAAGCCCACUCAUCGCAUGGUACCUCUCCAACUUACCGGCCUACCGGACUGCCGUGAGCCCACUUCUCAGAGGGGUUGAGGUGGGCCUGGCCCACGGGUUCUUUCUGGUGGGCCCGUUCGUGAAGACCGGCCCAUUGAGGGACACGGAGUUCGCCGGAGCUGCAGGGUCGUUGGCCGCCGGAGGUCUGGUGGUGAUCAUCAGCAUCUUGCUGACAAUGUACGGAAUGUCGUCGUUCCAGGAGGGGGACCCACCGCGGUCCCCGUCCUUGACCCUGACGGGGCGGGUGAAGAAGCCCGAUCAGCUGCAGACGGCGGACGGGUGGGCCAAAUUCUCCGGUGGGUUUUUCUUCGGCGGGGUCUCCGGCGUCGUCUGGGCUUAUUUCUUGCUCUAUGUCCUCGACCUCCCUUACUAUGUUAAGUAGGAUUGCUUUUGUUUGAGUUCUGUGUAUUACUGUUUGUAUUUUGAUUUGAUUUCUGGAAGUAAAAUGAAGCCUGCAAAAUUCAUGGGUGUGGAAUUUAGAAUAUGUGUGUGCAAAAUCUUAGCUUUGCAAAAUGAGCAAAAAGCAACAGACUCAAAAAAAUAUUGAGAUGAUAAAUCACAGUACGUUAG